AUGUUUCUGUUCCCGCAGCUCCGAGGCACGCUGAAGCUGCUCUUCGAGUACGCCUUCAACAUCAACCUCUCCCCGCCGCCUCGGCAGGCUCGACCGCCGGCGCGAGGCGGGCCCGAGGCACCGCGUCUACUGCGAUAUUCCACGCUUCUCCAGUGGGACCUCUGGGCGCGCGGAUGCGGUACUCUGAGCCGCGAAGAAGCGCGGGACGUACUCCUGCCCCACGAACGUCUCUUGGAAGACUUGGCGGCCGCUUUGCGCCGCGCCGGGUGGACCGAGACGGACGAGGAUCUCAUGAACUGGUCCCUGGACGCAGGAGAUGUUCCGGAUGGCGACGCAGGUGGAGAGAUCGAGAUACCCCUGGGCUACGUAUGGGGGAACGAGCUCGAAGUUGGCUGCAUCGAUAGCAAUGAUAUAUGCACCGAACCCUUGGCGAGGAUCCAGGCCGUGUCCAACGCUUCACCGGACACGCUCAGUUGGACUGCCUCGGCGCCGGCGGUGGCGGUCGGGAGCAUGAAGGAAUGA